UGUUUCAUUUUUGACUACAUUUCCCAACAUUCUAGGCGGCACAACAUCCGCUUUGUGUAGCGGAGCGACAGAAGCGCCUGAUCUGAUUGAGGGGGAGGUGUGUUAGGCUAAAGUGUGUCACUGUGGGGUGUUUUAUUCGUUAAAUUAUUUAUUGUUUGGUCUUCACGCGGCGGGAAUGUCUCUGUCGUCCACGCAGAGCUCAGACACGACCAGUCGCAGGAGGAGGCCGACAGAAUUGACAUUAGAUUCUUCAGGCGGUCAUGAUGGUCACGAGGAGCUCCAUGAACAGCUCAUGGCGUCAAACAGUUGUGUUUCGUCUCCACACCUUUCGUCAUGUCCUGCAGUAAAAUGCAUGCCUGCACAUCCAUGCACAAGCCAUCAUGCUUGUGAAGAAAGCUGGGAGAUAAUCCCGAACAAGAGAACCAUAAAAGCUGAGAACGAGGUGGAAGCCAACAAACUCGUCAAUAACUACAGAUUUGGUUUCAGAAAAUGGAAGAGCCACGUGACAGAGCGGCCGUUCGAAGGGCGCUCAGAUGUGGUGAAGGAGCUUUACUCUGAGCUGAAUGUCAUUAAACCACACUCGGGUCCAGGUCAGUUCAUUACGUUUGGAAAUAUAGUCUAUGUUUUCCUCUUCGGUUGGUGGGUGUCUCUGGCACAUCUUUUGGUCGGCACGUUCAUGUUCAUUACUAUAAUUGGGAUUCCCUAUGGUAAGCUGUGCUGGACGUUGUGCGGCUACUUGCUGUGGCCAUUUGGCAGCACAGUUCAUGAGAUUGGGAAAACCUUAAGGAGAUGCUGUGAACAAGCGCCAGACUGUGAGUGCACUGUAGACCUGGAUGAGGACAGUUCUCCGGUUCUGUUGCCAUCACCGACAGAAAUAUCUGAUCCAGAGCUGCUAGAGCGACCCCAACGCACCCCCUAUUGGCAUCGCCUCUCCACCUACGUGUGGCUGCUGCUGGGAUACCCUCCCCUGGUGAUUGUUCACUCUCUGGCCUGUUUCAUCUCCUGGAUCCUGGUUUUCACCAUCCCAGUUGCCAAACUGAACGCUCAGACUCUGAGUGUCAUUCUGCUGUUGCCUCCUGAGGAUGUCUCCAUCUCCAGCAGCUCCCAGAGACAGCAUCACGGCUAUGAGACCAGAGCACGUUUGUGCUGCUACCACGCGGCUAACUGGUACUACUACAAGUACACUGUUGAUGGGAUCAACGUUUUUGCCGUCAACCUCCUUCCUCUGGUCAUAGUUGCUCUUGUCAUUGGGUAUGUGGACAGAGGAAACCAGUGGGCCAGCUCUGAUGUCAAAUUUGCCACAGCUGUUGGCUCCAUCAUUCCUCUGUCUUAUUAUAUUGGCAUGGGAAUUGCAAGUAUCUCCGCACAGAGUAACUUUGCAGUGGGCGCCGUGGUCAACGCCACCUUUGGGUCAAUCACAGAACUGACGUUUUACAUCACAGCCCUGCUCAGAGGCCACCGCGAAAACAACCCGUGUCUGCAGGAGGUUGUGAAGGCGGCGCUGACGGGCACCCUGCUCGGAUGCAUCCUCUUCAUCCCAGGCAUUUGCAUGAUAAUUGGAGGCUUGAAGCACAGUGAACAAAGGUUUAACAGUCGUUCUACGGGCGUGAGCUCUGCCCUGCUUUUCAUUUCUGUUGGAGGUGUGUUUGCCCCCACGCUCUUCUCAAAGGCUUAUGGGAACCUGGUGUGCGACUCCUGCACCAACUCCAGCAGCGGCCUGUUUGUGUGCCACAACUGCCACUACGAUCUGAAAAACAGUACGCUGUUCCACAGCCAUGUCGAGCCACUGGUGUACUCAGUGUCCACCCUCCUGCCUAUCGCCUACAUCAUUGGUUUGAUUUUCACCCUGAAGACACACUCCCACAUUUACAACAUUCACGUUGGAGAAGGACAGGUGACUGAGCACCAUGAGACGGUGGUCCACUGGUCGCGGUGGCGGUCUCUGGUCAUCCUCAUCAUAGCCACCGUCCUCACAUCCGCCUGUGCAGAUCUCACUACGGAGCACAUCCAGCCCAUACUGAGCCAACCAAACAUCUCGCAGUACUUCAUUGGGGUGACCGUUCUGGCGAUGGUUCCAGAGAUCCCAGAGAUCGUCAACGGGAUCCAGUUUGCACUCCAGAACAACAUCAGUCUCAGUUUGGAGGUUGGGAGCUGUAUUGCGGUUCAGGUCUGCAUGCUGCAGAUUCCAAUCCUGGUCGUGUUUAACGCCUUCUGUGAUGUGGGCUUUGAACUGCUGUUCAGUGACCUGCACCUGUGGGCCAGUAUAUUCAGCGUGAUUUUAGUCAACUACAUCUUCAUGGAUGGCAAGUCGGACUAUUUUCAGGGUACAGCGCUGGUGGUCGUCUACCUCAUCCUUUUGGCUCUCUAUUUUUUUGCUCCAUCUCCAGCCGGCUGUUGAACGCAACUUGUUCCGUUAAAAGUCAGAAUUUUUAAGUGCGGUGACAUUAUCUGUGGAUCUUUGACUGAAUUUGAGAAUGUAUAAUAGUUUAAGAUUUUAUGUACUUUUGAUGACAUCUUUUAAUUUUAAAACAGUCGGCAGGAAGUUCUGCUAAAAGUUCUAGCUUAAAAUAGUGUUUGUACUACUGAAAGAGAAAAAGCUGUUUUUAUCAUGCACAACUGAUGUUUUCAGGUACUGUUGAAGGUUUGGACAACUACUGUAAGCCAUACAAUGUGAUCAAACUAACUUGCACUUUAUAGAUAAAAAAUGAAUAAACAUCAAAUUGUAAAAAGUAUUCGUCUGCGUUUUUAUUGUUGACACAGACAAAAAAAAUAAAAAUACAAAACAGUGCAGUCUUAUUUGCUUUGACAGAUCUUUGUCUCCUCCCAAAUGUUGAAAUGAAUUGACAUGCAGGCCUAAGACGUGCACAUGAACAUCAGUUUGAAUGCAUUUAUCCAGCAGAUUAGUUUUCUAUUUAAAAACAAAAGCAGAUAAAUAAAGCCAUAACAUUAUAAAAAAGGUGUUUAAAAGAAAAGCACUUGGUUAAAAACAUUAGAUGGAUGGAAAUAAAAGGCUGAGUGUAAAGCUGGUGAAUUGGUGGCAAACGUGCCAGGAAGGAUCCACAGUAUUUAAGAGUUUCAGUAACGUAACAGGAAAAAAAUAGAGAUUUAAAAAAAAAAAAAAA